AUUGAGCUGGGCGCGCUGCCUCCGCUCCGUAGCCCAGACCCCAGUCCAACGGCAGCUCCGCCACUUUCUUGGGGAAAAGCCUCCCCCCUCCUCGCCCUGGGCCCCUCGGUUCAAAGCAGCGGACCAAGGUUCACCCGGCUGGCCCUCGUGCCUGCAGAUGUAUGCGUGCGUAUGUUUGGAUUUCUCAAGGAUUCAGGGCCCGCUACCCGCCGCCGCCGCCGCCUUCUCCUCCUCCUCCUGCUCUCUCUCUCUCGCUCUCCCUCUCUCUCUUUCUCGCCCGACUACCAUGGAUGUCCCACCAUUCCUUGCAGUUGAAGGUUGCUCCUUGGCGCAGUGAAUGAAGAUCAUGCAGGGAUUGCUAAUGGCUUUGGGAAGCGGAGAGGCUCUCUCCCUCGGUGUGACCAUGCCGUGAUCGCGACUCAGGGCCAAAACACUUCUACCGCUCUUCAGCUCUUUACCCGACCGGGGGAAGGGGGCAAAAACAUCACCACCACCACCACCACUACUAUCAUCAUCUUCAAAAACAACAACAACAACAACAACAACAACAACACGAACACCACACGCUGACGCUUAAGCAAGGGGGCCGAAAGGAACGCGGCGCGGGUGUGUAUCGGAAACACCAUGAAGAUUAUUUCCUCGAUUCUAACUCAUCCACUCUUCCGAGGCACCCUUCGGCUCCUGCUUUGCUUACUGUGGAUUGGAUAUUCCCGAGGAACCACGCAUGUGUUAAGAUUCGGAGGUAUUUUUGAAUGCGUGGAAUCUGGUCCAACGGGGGCGAUGGGAGCAGAGGAAUUGGCCUUCCGAUUUGCUGUGAACACAAUCAACAGAAACAGAACUCUCUUGCCAAACACCACAUUAACGUAUGAUACCCAGAAGAUAAAUCUCUAUGACAGUUUUGAGGCAUCCAAAAAAGCUUGUGAUCAGCUCUCUCUUGGAGUGGCAGCUAUCUUUGGGCCUUCCCACAGCUCUUCAGCUAACGCAGUGCAGUCUAUCUGCAAUGCAUUAGGCGUUCCACAUAUACAGACGCGCUGGAAGCACCAAGUUUCCGACAACAAAGACUCAUUUUAUGUCAGCCUUUAUCCUGAUUUCUCUUCACUCAGCCGCGCCAUCCUUGACCUUGUGCAGUUCUUCAAGUGGAAAACUGUCACAGUUGUUUACGAUGACAGCACAGGUCUUAUUCGAUUACAAGAGCUUAUUAAGGCUCCAUCGCGGUACAACCUGCGUCUAAAAAUCCGGCAGUUACCAGCUGACACAAAAGAUGCAAAGCCCUUGCUCAAGGAGAUGAAAAGAGGCAAGGAAUUCCAUGUCAUCUUUGAUUGCAGUCACGAGAUGGCAGCAGGCAUUUUAAAACAGGCUUUAGCAAUGGGCAUGAUGACAGAAUACUAUCAUUACAUCUUUACAACAUUGGACCUCUUUGCUCUUGAUGUGGAGCCGUAUCGGUACAGUGGGGUCAAUAUGACUGGAUUCAGGAUUUUGAAUACAGAAAAUAGCCAGGUCUCAUCCAUCAUUGAAAAAUGGUCUAUGGAGCGAUUACAGGCACCUCCGAAACCCGAUUCAGGUUUGCUGGAUGGAUUCAUGACGACAGAUGCAGCUUUAAUGUACGAUGCUGUUCAUGUGGUGUCAGUGGCUGUCCAGCAGUUCCCACAGAUGACUGUCAGUUCAUUACAGUGUAAUCGGCACAAGCCAUGGCGCUUUGGGACCCGCUUCAUGAAUCUCAUUAAAGAGGCUCAUUGGGAAGGCCUCACUGGCAGGAUUACUUUCAACAAAACCAAUGGCUUAAGGACAGAUUUUGACUUAGAUGUGAUUAGCCUUAAGGAGGAAGGUCUUGAAAAGAUUGGAACUUGGGAUCCUGCAAGUGGCCUUAACAUGACUGAGAAUCAGAAAGGAAAACCAGCAAAUGUUACUGAUUCACUGUCUAAUCGCUCCCUGAGUGUAACAACCAUCUUGGAAGAGCCAUAUGUGAUGUUCAAGAAGUCAGAUAAACCUUUGUAUGGCAAUGAUAGAUUUGAGGGAUAUUGCAUCGAUCUCCUCAGGGAACUAUCAACCUUUCUUGGAUUUACUUAUGAAAUCAGGCUGGUGGAAGAUGGAAAAUAUGGAGCUCGGGAUGAUGCCAGUGGACAGUGGAAUGGCAUGGUUCGUGAACUAAUUGAUCAUAAAGCUGACCUUGCAGUUGCACCGCUGGCUAUUACCUAUGUUCGAGAGACAGUCAUCGACUUUUCCAAGCCCUUUAUGACUCUUGGAAUAAGUAUUUUGUACCGCAAGCCCAAUGGUACAAACCCGGGCGUCUUCUCCUUCCUGAAUCCUCUCUCCCCUGAUAUCUGGAUGUAUAUUCUGCUGGCUUACUUGGGUGUCAGUUGUGUGCUCUUUGUCAUAGCCAGGUUUAGUCCCUAUGAGUGGUAUAAUCCACACCCUUGCAACCCCGACUCAGACGUGGUGGAAAACAAUUUUACCUUGCUAAAUAGUUUCUGGUUUGGCGUUGGAGCUCUCAUGCAGCAAGGUUCCGAGCUCAUGCCCAAAGCCCUCUCCACCAGGAUAGUGGGAGGCAUUUGGUGGUUUUUCACACUUAUCAUCAUUUCCUCGUAUACUGCUAAUCUAGCCGCCUUUCUGACAGUGGAGCGCAUGGAAUCCCCGAUUGAUUCUGCAGAUGACUUAGCGAAGCAAACAAAGAUAGAGUAUGGAGCAGUGGAAGAUGGUGCAACAAUGACUUUUUUUAAGAAAUCAAAAAUUGCCACGUAUGAAAAGAUGUGGGCCUUUAUGAAUAGCAGGAGGCAGUCGGUGCUCGUCAAAAGUAAUGAAGAAGGCAUCCAGCGUGUACUCACCUCUGAUUAUGCUUUCCUAAUGGAGUCUACUACCAUUGAGUUUGUCACACAACGGAACUGUAACCUGACACAGAUUGGAGGCCUGAUAGACUCCAAAGGUUAUGGUGUCGGAACUCCCAUGGGGUCUCCCUACAGAGACAAGAUAACUAUAGCAAUUCUUCACCUGCAAGAGGAAGGCAAGCUGCAUAUGAUGAAAGAGAAGUGGUGGCGAGGCAACGGUUGUCCAGAAGAGGAAAGCAAAGACGCCAGUGCCCUCGGAGUGCAAAAUAUUGGUGGCAUCUUCAUUGUUUUGGCAGCAGGAUUGGUACUUUCCGUCUUUGUGGCAGUGGGGGAGUUUUUGUACAAAUCCAAAAAAAAUGCCCAGUUGGAAAAGAGGUCCUUCUGUAGUGCCAUGGUGGAGGAGCUGAGGAUGUCUCUGAAGUGUCAACGUCGGUUAAAACACAAGCCACAGGCUCCCGUUAUUGUGAAAACGGAAGAGGUUAUCAACAUGCACACAUUUAAUGACAGAAGAUUGCCAGGUAAAGAGACCAUGGCAUAGAGCUGGGACACCAAACUACCCCCAAGCACAAACUGUUGUCUUUCUUUUCUUUUCUUUUCUUUCCCCCCCAAACCAACUUUUGCGAGAAUGUUUCCUGUGGAAAUAUGCAACCUGUGCAAAAUAAAAUGAGUUACCUCAUGCCGCUGUGUCUAUGAACUAGAGACUCUAUGAUCUAAGCAGUUGCAAAGGUCAGACUCAAAUCACAAGCAUCACGUGUCAGCCACGUUUAUAUAAGGGGGAGGGAGGGGUGUGGGCGUGGGCAUUCCACCCUUUUGUCAUGGGCUCCACCAUUCCUUAAUGAAUGGAAGUUCUGUGUGAGUUUUAUGGCUGUGUGAGCAGUCUCGGUGAGAAAUGGCAAGUUCCUCUCUGAAGUUCAUCUGUUGCCAGGGGCUGGAGAAGCAACCGAACCACUGCAGAAACUAACUACUAGAGGAGUCUUUGGAAAUAAUAGCUCUUAAUUCUAGUAGAGGCAAAAGAGACUGUGCUAUGUGCUCACAAGCAUAGAAGACUUUCUAUUUGCUGGCUGAAGUUGACUUCACCAUUCCGCCAGCUGAUAUGAGCUUAUUCAGUGAUCACGUUAAAACAAUGAAAAUGGAAUCCUCCCUCCCUUCCCUUGCCCCAUAGAAGAAUGACUAGAGGAAAUGUUAUCUGCAUUUUGACUGUGUCUGUCACUGAUAAAAAUAAAAUCCUGUCAGGUGGUAGAAGAGUAUAUAAUUCAUCUGCACUGGAACUGUUUUGUGGAAGAACCCAAAGGAAGUGGGCCGUAUUAUUGAUGACACAACAAAUUUCCCUCAGUUAAAGGGAAAAAAAUGAUGUACAUUAUGUUGCUUAUCUCUGAGCAAUUGUUUUACUGUGAAGCAAAGAGCAUAUCUAACAUAAUUGAGGUGUGUGGUUUUUGACCUGAGAGGGUUUGGGGAACUCUUGUUCUCAGUCUGAAUUGAACUCCCUGGAGCCUGUGGAACUCUUGCUAAUAGUGGAAAUACGACGGGGUCACGUACCAAGAAGGGGAUGUGUAGAACUUUAAAAUAGACUGCAUUCCUCAAUACAGUCAACCGUGUUUAAAUGAACAAAAUUCUUGAGCAGUUUUUCCCUUCCCCUGAAACACGGGGGGAAAAUGUUUGGGUUUAUUUGUGGAAAUGCAAGAUUUCUAUGAAAAUAGUUUUUGUAUGGAAAUUUUUUGUAAUACUUUUUAACACAACAAUCUCAAGAACAUGCGUUCCGGUCAAGGGUGUGGUGCAAAGAGUGACUGGUAGUGCGUGCGCACCACCAACGUUUGGUGAACACUAUUUUUAUCGAGGAAAAGGGUGAAUCUUAGAAGAGAAAUAUUUUCAAGUUAAAUAAUAUAAAAUCUAGGUGCACUAUCAAUACUGCUUACCAUACCACACCCCUGGUUUUCACUAGCCUGAUAAUAUACUGUAAUGAACAAAUGUGUGUAAACGAUGAAAGACACAGACCUCUUGACCACGUUGUGAUAACAGUUGAAGUGCACACAGUUUGCUGUUUAAAUCCAAUGCACAAGAUUAAAAAAAAGCCACACACACAUUAAUAAAAUUGUCAGUUUUUAGUUGUUUUCUGGGUGGGGGUGGGUGGGAUUGAUGUGUGAUUUGAGCAAAGUGUACUGUCAGAAUUGAUACCUGCAGCCUUCUUUUACAGUAUCAGGAUCUUACUGUGCAAAAAGCAGAAUUAGGCCCAGUGACUAUCCAUCUCACUUGCUGCUCUUCCUUUAAAUGUGUUUUUCAUACAUGGGCACAAUCUUAACAGGAGUCCAUUUGUACACAACACAAUUUGUCCAAUGUGUCCAUGUGCAACUUCUACUAAUUUCAGCAAGGACAUAUAGAGAAACACCUGAUGAUUGUCCCCCCCCCAAGUUCUUUUGUGGGGGUAGGUGAGAAAGUCCUAUGUGAGUGGAUCAUUAAAAACAACAGAUGUUUCAACUGCCUUUUUGGUGCUCAAUCAGAUGUGAUACCAACAUAAUAAUUUUAAACUUAGUCUUACUGUAAAUUUGUAUCCUGAAAAUAAAAUGUGUAAUGGUGUGAAAUGUAGGGACACUUGCCUACACCCACACUUUCGAAAUAUAGCUUUUUAUUCCAGACAAAUCAUUUAUUUCUUUUCUUUUUUUAAAAAAAAAUAAACAGAAUCC